GAUGUGUGCAAUGUCCAGCUGUGAAGGGGGCAGAAAGAAGCUCUUGAAGCAGCCCAAGAAGCAGGCCAAGGAGAUGCACAAGAAAGGCAUUCAAGCAGAAACAGAAGAGGAGCAGAAGAAACUUGAGGAGCUAAAAGUGAAGGCCACGGAAAAAGGCCCCCUGGCCAGAGGUGGAAUUAAGAAAUCUGGUAAAAAGUAAGCUGUGCCCUGUG